CGUUGGCAUCGAAGCAGCGUAAAAUGCUCAAUAUUGUUUGGGAUUCCGAGGCGAGACGAUCGUCGACAGAGUCGCGCGCGCUUUUCAAACAGAAAUAUAUUCAGAAAUUAUACACAAAAGAACACGGUGACAAAUCAUCAAUAAUCCUCUAGACAAGAGUUAACAUUUAUCCAUACAGAAAAUAAAAUCAAACAAAGAAACACAAAUACACUUUAUAUUUGUGGAAAAAAUUAGUGUUAAAACACUAGACUGAAAAGUACAAGUUAAUACACAUUUAAGUGCUUGUAAAUACAGCGAUAAAAACUAAACAUAUAUAGAAACUAGGCCAACCGAGGCAAAAGUUUGAUAUUUUUUUGUUGCUUUUUUCGAAAAAAAAAAAAAAAAAAAAUUACUCAUACGCCACCGGCACCCAGCACUUGCUCGUUUGAAACACCUUUUUAGUCAGAUCAGAUUUUUGAAUGAGCCCAAUGAGCGGACUACGCCAACAACUGAAGAUGCUGGGAACAGCUUUGCUGGGCAAACGGGCCACCAAGUCUGUCAAAAAGAAACCAUUCACAGAGGUGGAAAUCAAAGACCUACGCACAGCAUUCGAUCUACUAGACAGAAAUCGUGACGGUCGCGUCACUGCCAACGAGCUGCAGUUUAUGCUAAAGAACCUGGGCAUUAAUGUGCGUGAUGAAAUCAUACACGAUCUCAUACGUGAGGCCAGCCACUCAGGCAAUGGCUUAAUCAACGAGGCCGAGUUCCUGCAAUGGGUUGGCAGGAUCCAAGCCCUGCGGGAUGAGCAGCAGCAACAUGAGGAGAGCGCCAGCAACAGCAAGCCGGCGGACGAGGCCGAUGAUGUCACCGAGGACUUGAUAGCCGCAUUUAGAGUAUUCGAUCGUGAUGGUAAUGGAUUUAUAACUCGCGACGAGCUGCAGACCGCCAUGGAGAUGAUUGGGGAGCCCUUGAACGAGGCGCAGCUGGAGCAGCUCCUGGCCAUCGCCGACUUGGAUCAGGAUGGCCGCAUCAAUUACGAGGAAUUCACGAGACUUCUGCUCUAAGCAAUUUACGCCUGACAUGGAGACAUGGUCGAGACCACGAGCCCCAAAAAACAAUUGCAAGUGGAAUGCCAAGCGAGUUACCCCUUCAGCAUAAUUGUUAAGCUAUUAAGAAUAUACUCAGACAUGCAGAAAAUAAUGAUGCAAUACAAAAUUUGCAGAAAAUAAUUGUUUAAAAUUUUAUACAAACCAAAAACAAACAAAAAAUAUCUAUAUAUUUAUACAAAGGGUAUGAAGAAAAAUGUGCAAGGCAGGCCACACAGAUACACACCCAUACUAGCAAACAUUAUAAAGUUUUCGUUUCAUCAAACACCCAAAAGAACACACAAGCAUUUUCAUAUGUAAAUUAGUUUCAAAGUUUUGUCGAUUCUAAAAUGUAAAACAUUCAUUUUGUCUAUGAAUUAAGGUAAUUACGGAAACAAAGUUAAAAUGGAAAAGUUAAGAAUUAUUUUUCUAGACGAUUGGCGAAAAAUUGUUUAACCAACACAGACACACAUACACCUACACACACACACAUACAUAAACAAAACAUAAAAAUAUAAAUGCAUAUUCGGAUAAGUCUGAGCGCGUGAGUGAUAUUGUGUUUAGGGUGCUGCAAAAACAAAAAGCAAGCAUAAAUAAUAAAAAUAUGUAAAGUCUUCAAUGGAAUAACGAAAUAAAGAUGAUGACAACUUGCCCUACCAGGUCAUAUAUAUUAUAAACUCUAAUAUACUUGCAGAUUCUACAAAUAAGAUCAGAACUUAUUCGAUGUAAUGUGCAACUAAAUGUUUAUAAAAUGUAUGAUCCUGUAAAGGAUUCAGUUUAUCAACAUCCUAAUAUCUAAAUUCAAUGAAAGAUUAUCAGAUAUAUAUUCAUAUAUUUGUAUUUUAUUGUAGUUAUGCUGCUUUCAAUGUAUGCGUGUUUCAAUACCCCCCAAAACAAACAAAAAUUGUUUCAAAAUUGUUUAGGCUAAGAAAAUAAAUGUUAACAAUUUAUAUAAGAAAACCAAACACUUAAUUUCUGUUGGGAAGUUACUUAGGCAUUAAAUACCAUAAUCUAUAAAGUUAAAGAACGAAAAAAAGCUAAACAUUUUGGAAAAUAACAUUUUCGUGUUCAGAAAUAUUUAAAAUCAAGGUCGAGGCCAAGAAAUGUUGGUACCAAUUCAAAAUCUAGUCAAAAAUUCAUCUUAGUUUGUUUAUUUUGUUUGCGAAAUUAAAGUCCAUUGCAUAUUGCCGUCCCAUAGAUAAAAAAAUAUAUAUAUUUUUUUAAGGAUUAUCCAGUCAUCCAAGGCAUUGCGGUUUCAAAAUUGUUUUUUUGAUUCUUUCAUCCUGUUUUGAUACAAAUUUAGAGCAGAUAAUAUAACAAAGAAUAUAAAAUUCCAAAAAUAAAAACAUUCAACAAAAGUGCUCUUUUAAAAUUCAGUGAAAUGAAAAUUGAAAUAUUCAAAAUAUAUAUAUAUUUGUAUUAGAACAUUAUAUUUAUGGGUAAACAAAGCAAAGUAAAAAAUAUAUAAAUCAGGUCAAAGGUACAAAUAGUCAAAUGGGUGUAACGAGGAGAGGAAACCACAACUUUUGUAUGGUAUUUACAAACAGGACUACAAUGGCAAAAAAAACGAAUAUAAAAUCGAAAAAUCAAAAACUUUUCAAAAAACGCAACUGUAACCCAAGCAAAACGAUAUGUAUUUCAUUCUAGUAGUUUUUUAUGACCUCUAAAUGUGCUUAACAACUAUAUGCAGGACUAUAUACCUACCCUAACCAUUAAUAAUUAUUAAUUAAUUAAUUAUUAAUACCUAAAAAAUAUAUAUAUUAUAUUUACUGGAUACAACACGGAACACACAACAACAACUAAGACAUUAUCUAUAUGCAUAACUAAAGUGGUAGACAUUUCGUUUAGGUCUUUAUAAUUUAAAACUGCAGUCGCGAAUCGGAAAUCGUGAUUGAAUAUAAUAAACAUCGGUACACCAACGCUCAA